AGAGUUGAAUGCUAUAUCACAAUACAUGAUUUGAAUGAUCAUUACGGGCCUGUAUUUUAAAAAUCAUAUAGAAUAAAGCAAAAGUGGGCGGCCGGGCUGAACUGGAAAGCUUACAUUUGUUGUCUGCAAGGGAAGACAGCACACAAGAGCUAGAUCAGAAUACAACUACUAGAGAACAAACUAGCUAGCCAUCCAUUGGAUCUAUAGCUUUUGGAAGGAGUUGAUCAGAGGUUCAAACCACAGCCAUCCAAUCUGAAAAUCUGAUCUUAUUUUUUAGGUAAUUAAAAAUAAUUUGAAAGGAAAAAAAAUUAAGCAUGAGUAUACCAAUUACAUCUUGCAAGUAGGUCUGCAUGCAGUUAUGACUAAUUUAAAUUAGAAUUUCUGCUCAUUUAGAUAUUUAUUAUUAGUUGGGUGUGUAAUAUAGAGAUUAGGCCAGGGAGCAAUGGAGAAUCAACAUUUCAGCCACCAUCAUCCCUUGACGUUAUUCAACAACAACCAAUCUAGUUAUCGUUGUGGAAUAUGCUUUGAAAUAUUAGCAACCGGUUCUGAUUAUUAUGGAUGCAAAGUGUGCAAUUUCUACAUACAUAAAUCAUGUGCUGAAUAUUCCCGUGAGUUGCAGCACCCCUCACAUCCCAAACAUCUUCUUCUCCUCCAACUACAUCGUUUUGAAUUAUGUGCUAAUUGCAGCUUUGGGAGGUUUGAGUUUAAAUAUAAGUGUCCUCAUUGUCAUGAGUUUUAUCUUUGUCCUAAAUGUGCAUUUCUACCGCUCACCAAAAAAAUUGAAAAUCACAAUCACCCAUUGAACCUUAUGCAAAAGUUAUUGUCAUUUACGUGUGAUCAUUAUUUGAAGAAAGGCAAUAGCAUGCCUUACUUUUGUCCCACCUGUUUACUUAUGGUCCACCCAGAAUGUACAUCUUUACCACUGACUAUACAACCAUCCACCAUACAAGCUGCAAUUCACAACCAUCCAUUGACCCUUAUGCCAAGUUUUUUUUAUCUCCCUCACUUGCAAUGCUUGUGGGAAUGAAAUUAAGGGUAGGACGUUUUACUUUUGUACCACUUGUUCAUUUGUAGCCCACCUAGAUUGUGCCCCUUUACCAUCAAUCCUCAAAGUCAAAAGGCAUAAGCACCCUCUCAAUCUCAUCUACUCUGGUCUAGCCGACCAAUCCAAAUGUAGAGUAUGCCGACUAUGUGCGAAGAUGGUGGACACGAACUACGGGGUCUACUAUUGCUCAAGUCAAGAUUUUGCUGCUCACCUUCAUUUUGCUACAAGCAAAAAAGAAAGAGACGAAACAUUUGUUCCGAACUCUAAAGAAGAUCAUCGUGAUGAAGAAAGAGAUGAAACGUUUGUUCCGAACUCUAAAGAAUAUCAUUGUGAUAAAUCUUUUGAGUUAUUACCAUAUUUUGUCAAAAAGACCAAACCAGAAGGAGACGGAAUGGAAAUACAUACAGAAAUCAAGCAUUUCAGUCACGAGCAUGACUUAAAACUCAUUGAUGAGCUUGGGAUCAACCAAAAGUGUGAUGCAUGCAUAAGGUCUAUCUCUCAUCCUCCAUUUUAUGCAUGUGCUCAGUGUGGCUUUUGUCUUCACAAAUCUUGUGCUGAAUUAUCAAGAAAAUUGCGACACCCACUUCAUCGACACCCCCUCAAGCUCCUCUUGAGAGAACAAAAGCCUUUUAGGUGUGAUGCUUGUUGGCAUCCGUGUAACAGUUUCGAUUAUCGUUGUGAUGAAUGCCACUUUGAGCUUGAUGUCCAAUGCAGUUUAAUCCCUGAUAUCCUUACACAUACUAGUCACAAACACCAACUAAUUCUUGCUAGCUCAUCAGAAAACAAAAAGUGCAGUUCUUGUGGAUUAUAUGGAAGAUACAAUUUUAGUUGCGUUGAUUGUGAAUUCACUCUAGAUUUCAACUGUUUGGCACAACCGCAUACGAUGAACUGCAACAAACAUGAUCAUCCAUUCACACUUUGUUAUACUUCAGAAGAUGACUCUGGUGAAUAUUACUGUGAUAUUUGUGAAGAAAAACGAGAUCCAAUGUGUUGGUUUUAUUAUUGUGCUGAUUGCAAUUAUCCUGCUCAUCUUGAAUGCAUUCUCGGGAAAUACCCAAACCUUAAGUUUGGAAAAACUUUCAAAUAUGAUAUUCACCAGCAUCCUCUUGCUUUGGUUCAGAAGACUUUUGCUCGAUGCUCGAAAUGUGGUAAUGUUAGUGUAGAAGAUUUAGCUUAUGAAUGUGCCGAGUGUAAUUUCAUUAUUCACAGAAGGUGCAUAUGAAAUUGAGAGAAAGAUAUGCUUGGUGGGCAUCUACAAUCUACCACGUAAUAGAAAUUACAUGAAGAAUGCUUGUAAAGAUCACUUCAUAUGUAUCCAAUACUUUCUUGUUGAACAGAAAAUAAACUUGAUUUUAAUAUA